ACGCACCUGUAAGCUGGUUGCCAACUGCCAAUAAAAAUCCAUAGAAGAAGAACACAGUAGCAGCUGAUGUGGGUGUGGUUUAAUCUUCACUGUGUAGGAAGUGUGUCGAGGUGUGUGUGUUUACAGUCUCUGCUGACGUCAAGAAAGGGUAGUGUCACAUCAUCAUGUCCUCUCCAGAGAUCGCCUCUAUCUCCUGGGGCCACAUGAAGGUGAAGGGAUGCUCCUCUAGCUACAAGGACUGUAAGGUCUGGCCUGGAGGCAGCCGCGGGUGGGACUGGAGAGAGACUGGGACUGAUCAUCACCCAGGAGUACAGCCUGCUGAUCUGGAAGAGGUGCUGAAGAAGGGAAUAGACCUGCUGGUCAUCGGCAGAGGCAUGAGUGAAGCUCUGCAGGUUCCCUCCACCACUCUGGACUUUGUGAAGCAGAAAGGUGUUGAAGUCCGAGUCCUGCAGACAGAAAAGGCCGUCGCCGAAUACAAUAAACUGGCUGGACAGGGUGCCAAAGUGGGCGGCGUCUUCCACUCCACCUGCUGAUGUCGCCCUCGCUGCAACACGUGGGACGGCCUUUAAUUGCCUUAAGAGACUGUUUCAGUGAAUGAAUGGCUGAUUUAGGGUAUUUAAAUAAUCUUAUAUGCUAAUUUUGACCUAAUUUCAGCCUUGGAUCAGCUAGCAGUGUGAACUUCAGAAC